CUCGAUGCGAAUGGCUUGCUCGGAAUCGACGAUGUCCGGAGCAAAGGGAAGCAGCUUCUGAUAUCCUGCUGCAGUUGGUUGGCCUUGGCGUCUGCCUCUACCAUUUAGCUCGGGUGUUUCUUGUCGCGAGAGACCCAAGCUUGUUACUCUCUGUAUCCUUCUUUCGUAGUAGUAGAUUAGUAUCGUUCAUCAUGCGUGAAUGCAUUUCCGUCCACCUCGGUCAAGCCGGGAUCCAAACUGGUAACAACUGCUGGGAGCUCUAUUGCUUGGAGCAUGGGAUUGACAAUGAGGGUAUCAUGGCUGUCGAAAAGAAACAAGGGGUCAUUGACGACAGCUUUAGUACGUUCUUCAGCGAAACCAGCAAUGGCAAACAUGUUCCUCGGGCUGUCUAUGUCGAUCUGGAACCCUCCGUUUGCGACGAAGUCCGCAGUGGAGCCUACCGCAAGCUGUACCAUCCGGAACAGAUUAUUAGUGGAAAGGAGGAUGCCGCCAACAACUACGCUCGUGGACACUACACCGUCGGAAAGGAAAUAGUCGACCAAGUGCUCGAUCGCAUCCGUCGAUUGGCCGAUGCCUGUACCGGAUUGCAGGGAUUUCUCGUCUUCCACGCCACCGGUGGUGGAACUGGAUCGGGACUUGGAUCUCUCUUGCUCGAACGCUUGAGUGUUGACUAUGGACGCAAGUCCAAGCUCAGCUUUGCCAUUUCUCCCUCCCCUCAGGUUUCCACUGCUGUGGUGGAACCCUACAACAGUGUCCUCUCGACGCACGCUCUUUUGGAGCACACGGAUUGUACCUUCUGUUUGGAUAACGAGGCUCUUUACGACGUCUGCCGCCGCAAUUUGGGCAUUCAGCGCCCCUCCUACACCAACUUGAAUCGUCUCAUUGCGCAGGUCAUUUCGUCCUUGACAGCCAGUCUCCGAUUUGAUGGUGCUCUCAAUGUGGAUGUCACCGAGUUCCAAACCAACUUGGUGCCCUACCCUCGCAUCCAUUUCAUGUUGACUUCCUAUGCACCCUUGAUCAGCUCCGAAAGGGCUGCGCAUGAGUCGUUCUCCGUCGCGGAGAUUACCUCCUCUGUCUUUGAAUCGCAAAAUAUGAUGACCAAGUGCGAUCCCCGUCAUGGAAAAUACAUGGCUUGCUGUCUCAUGUACCGUGGAGAUAUUGUUCCCAAGGAGGUGAAUGCUGCUGUUGCCACGAUCAAGACCAAGCGUACCAUUCAGUUUGUCGACUGGUGCCCUACUGGAUUCAAGUGCGGUAUCAACUACGAACCUCCCAAGCAGGUCCCGGAAGGAGAUCUCGCAGAAGUGAAGCGAGCUGUCUGUAUGGUCGCCAAUACUACCGCAAUCUCGGAGGCCUUGUCGCGCAUUGACCACAAAUUCGACUUGAUGUAUGCCAAGCGUGCCUUUGUGCAUUGGUAUGUGGGAGAAGGUAUGGAAGAGGGUGAAUUUAGCGAGGCCCGUGAAGAUCUUGCAGCCCUCGAAAAGGACUACGAAGAAGUCGGAAGCGGCGAGCCCGGUGAAGCCGCUGGCGGAGGCGCUGGCUUCGAGGAGGAGUACUAGGCAGUGAGACAGGUGGCUGGUCUAGCUAGAUAUUUGGUAUAGUGGGUCGCAGUAAAUCUGAAUUAAAAAGUGGUACCAUACAGC